GGGUCAAUGUGAACGCAUCUAUAAUAAGAUUUCGUUUCAUAUUCAAAAUUUGCCAUUUACGAGGUUAUAACACAGUUCUGCAUACUUGGAUGACAAAAAUCCAUGGCAGCGACUCGUUUAGCUCUAGCAGGCAAAUUUAAAUUAAUGAAAUUUUCCUUCAAAAAGCUGAAACAAUUUUUCUACGGCAAAAUGUUUAAUUUAUACCAGCAUAUGAAAAAUAAUGCAGAAGGGAAGGAACAGAAGGAGCCAGAGACAACUGGACACGAUAGGUUCUAUCAGGAAAGAUCAAGAACUAGUUUCCGGAAGAAGAAGCGCCGUGGCGCUUGCAGACGGGCGCAGUCAGCUGCUGAAUUGAAUCCCGACUCUAUUGCUGCUGCCAAUAAGAGAAACGCCUUUCGAAUUCGAUCUGUAUCUACCGAUAAAGAAGAGAGCGAAGAGGAAAAUUCAGAGCGUGCACCUUUAGUCGCGCAGAAAAUCGACUCCCUGGCAAAAUUGCUAUUCAACAAGUCUAUAACCGGGACGGGAUCUGGAAAAUCAUCUCCUUCGGAUGCUCCUGCUUCUCCGAAAACUUACGGUGCCGUGCCUCCAAGUUUGAUAGAAAAAAUUGGGAUUGGAAUGACAGCUGGUGCUGCGGGCGCAUUCGUCGGCAACCCGGCCGAGGUGGCUCUCAUUCGCAUGACGGCAGACGGCAGACUGCCGCCAGAGCAGCGCCGUAAUUACAAGAAUGUCUUCGACGCUCUGGGCAGGAUAAUAAAUACGGAGGGUGCUAUGACCCUCAUGAGAGGAGUGUCUGCUACUAUCACCAGAGCCAUGGUGGUGAACGGCGCACAGCUUGGCUCCUACACACAGGCUCGAGAAAUGUUACUACCAAACUUCGGUGAAGGAAUAUCUCUGCACUUCACGGCUUCUAUGAUAUCUGGACUGGUCACAUCUAUUGCUUCGCUUCCCGUCGACAUAGUCAAGACCAGAGUACAAAUGGCAGCAAAAUCUCCAAGUGCAAUAACUGUACUAAAAGACGUCAUAUCAAACGAGGGACCGCUUGCUCUCUGGAAAGGAUUUUGGCCCACCUACUUAAAGAUAGGACCACACACAGUUUUAUGUUUUAUCUUUAUGGAACAGUUAAAUGCAUUAUAUCUAAAGUUAGCCUAAAAUACACUGUUUGUUAUUUAAACAUAUCAUUUAAAGCAAUUAUUGGUUCGAAUGUAAAGGCAUGUAUAGCCUUUAAAUGAUAAAUUUUGAAUUUAUAACGUAUACUUACUGAUUUCAAUUGAAUUAGGUCGAAUUUGUCGAAAAGCGCGAUCUGUGAUAUUGUAAUGCUUAACAUUUUGUCUUGUAUACUCAAGCUGCAAUGUACACCUCACACAUGAAAAUCAAUACUGUCGCAACUCAAUAAUUAUGGAAUUCCGAAAACACGAUUUGAAAAUUAAAAAACAAAAACAGAAAGAACCUUUUUGCGUAUUUAUGUGUGCUUAUAAACAAGAAUAUAAAACU